AUGAAGUCUACGUUGCUAUUCAUCGGUGGUCUACUGGGUCGGGCGACGGCUCAGACGUUCGAGGACUACGAGUACCUACAGUUCCCAGCAAACGGCAUGUCAUGCCUUUACGACCCUAACCCGGAUCCUGCACUAGAGACCUACACCAACUUCACUACGCUUGAAAUGGAGCAGCUAGCCUACGAGUUCAAAGACGUCGAACCAUAUGACCCGUCUGCGGCCAACGUUGCAUCAGGGAAGUGCACGUGGCUAGCUGGCGUGCCUUUCUACUGGAUUGGGAACAAUCAACUGUAUUCGUUUACCUUCGCAGUUGAUCACACCAAGAACGAUAUCUACUUCUGUGGCGCCAUCGGGCAAGGUGUUCCCGUCGGCUCGAACUGGCCUGCGCCAUGCACCUACAACUGA